UUGAAAACGUGUUUUUGUUUUUGACGGUACAAAAACGUGUGUUGACAACAACAACGUAAAUUACACAUAUUGCCACGCACAAUUAAUCGAAGUCUUUCCUUAAUUCAACAUCGUUCAAAACAAAAAACACCACGUGCAGUGUUCAAGCUCUGUAACAAUGGAGCUAUCUCUGACUGCGACACACCGAUUCGGAUCACAAAACCACUUCUCUUUACCCUUAGAACACAAUCCUCAAAAUCACCAUCAUCUAUGUCCAAUACCCAUUUCAACCAAACUCAAGAAAUUACCAAACACUACAAAAACAACACUUAGAGUGAGCGCAAAGAAAAAGUCAACCAUUGAAGGUAUCAGUGAUGAGUUGAAUUCUAUAGCUUCUCUUAACCUUGAUUUUGCACCCUCUCGUAGACAGGUUCGAGAAGCCUUUACUCAUGUGCAUCAGCAACUAGAUCAUUUCUUAUUCAAGACUGCACCUGCUGGGAUCAUAACUCAAGAAUGGUAUGAAAGGAAUUCGAGAGGAUUGGAGAUUUUCUGCAAAAGUUGGAUGCCAGAACAUGGAGUUGCAAUCAAAGGGGCUUUGUUUUUCUGUCAUGGAUAUGGCAGUACUUGCACUUUCUUCUUUGAAGGUAUUGCCAGGCGAAUUGCUGCUUCCGGGUUUGGUGUUUUUGCAAUGGAUUUUCCCGGUUUCGGUUUAUCUGAAGGAUUACAUGGUUAUAUACCAAGUUUUGAUGAUUUGGUCGAUGAUGCUAUAGAAUUUUAUACAAAAAUUAAAGCUAGACCUGAGGUGAGAGAUUUGCCACAAUUUAUUUUUGGACAGUCAAUGGGUGGAGCAAUUGCUCUUAAAGCUCAUUUGAAGCAACCAAAUGAUUGGGAUGGAGUAAUCCUUGUUGCUCCAAUGUGUAAGAUUUCAGAAGGCAUGUUACCAUCAACUACAAUUUUGAAGGUGUUAACUUUCUUGUCUAAAAUGAUGCCAAAGGCAAAACUUUUCCCUUAUAAGGAUCUAACUGCGCUGAUUAUCCGAGAACCUGGCAAGAGAAAAUGGGCCGGAUACAAUGUUAUUUCUUACGAUGAUCAAACGCGGUUAAGAACUGGCAUGGAACUCUUACGUGCCACUCAGGAUAUUGAGUCACGGUUAGAGAAGGUUUCAGCUCCAUUAUUGAUUCUUCAUGGAGCAGAGGAUAAGGUGACAGAUCCAUUGGUGAGCCAAUAUCUGUAUGAGAAAGCAUCUAGCAAAGAUAAGACACUAAAGAUCUAUGAAGGAGGGUACCAUGGCAUUAUGGAAGGUGAACCUGAUGAAAGAAUUUCUGCUGUCCAUAGUGACAUUAUCUCGUGGCUUGAAUUUAGGUGCACAAGAUAAUUGAGAGUGAUGGAAUGUAUUUAAGAAUUUUAUUAUGGUAGUAAGGUGCACAUAUCAAUUUUAACUUUCAAUUGUAUACAUGUGAUCAUGACUCAAGAAGAAUAGAGUUAGACCCAAGUGACUUAAGGACUUGGAGUUGCCUUAGAUAGAAUUGUUAGUGUGAUGAGUAAGCUAUUUUCUGCUAUGUUUGACUUGUAUAAGUAAAGAGUUGUUAAGUGUAAUAAUUGGUAAGAUAUGAAAAGUCCAAUUCUUAUAUUA